UUCAACUAUUCAAACCAUGGCUUCUUUCUUAAUACCAUUCCAGGUCCUCUUCUUUCUCAUGCUUGUGCCACUUCAGUCCUCCAACGUUUUUACUUCUUUAGCAGCUGCUGCACCAGCUAAAGAAGCAGAAACUCUUCUAAAAUGGAAAGCUAGCCUUGACAACAGAAGCCAAACUUUCCUCUCGUCGUGGCUUGGAGACAGCCAUUGCAACUGGGUCGGAAUCACUUGCGACAAGGCUGGAAGCACCACCAAUCUAAGCCUUCCAAAUUAUGGCUUCAGAGGUACACUUCAUCUUCUCAAUUCCUUUUCCUUCCCUAACCUGAUUGGGCUUCAUCUUCCUAAUAACGCACUUUAUGGGCCCAUUCCCUCACACAUUGGAAACCUUUCCAAGCUCAUAUUCCUUGACUUGUCAGUCAAUAAUUUUACAGGAAAUAUUCCACCUGAAAUUUGUUUAUUGAAAAGUCUUCAGUGGAUUUCCUUAGCAGGAAAUAAGAUCAGUGGUUCCAUUCCCCAAAAAAUACAAAGGUUGAGUUCAGUUACAAACAUCUUAUUCCAUGAAAACUAUUUAAAUGGUUCAAUCCCUGCCUCCAUCGGAAGCAUGCAUACUUUAAUGAGGCUUGACCUUGGGAGCAACAGACUCACUGGCCCUAUACCUGGAGAAGUAGGAAUGUUAAGGUCUCUCCUAUAUCUUGAUUUUUCAAGAAACUACCUAAUUGGUCCUAUUCCAGAAUCCAUUGGAAAUUUAAGCAAGUUGGUGUCGCUUUAUCUAUAUUCCAAUAAGCUCUCUGGCUCUCUCCCCGGUGAAGUAGGACAACUUGGAUCUCUGUCCGUAUUGCAGUUGUUAAACAAUAAUCUCACCGGUGUCAUCCCUGCUUCCAUAGGAAACUUGACCAACUUAUCUCUUCUAUACCUUAAAGAUAAUAUGUUUUCUGGGUCAAUCCCUGCUUCAAUAGGAAACUUGAUGAAGCUUACGAUAUUAGCCCUUGCCAAUAAUAAUUUGUCAAGUUCCAUUCCUCCAACAUUUAGCAAUCUUACUCAUUUGGAAUCAUUACAAUUAUCAGACAACCAUCUUAGUGGUCAAUUACCCGAGAAUGUAUGCCAUGGUGGACGACUCACUUAUCUUGCAGUUAUGAACAACAAUUUGACGGGUCAAAUCCCACCAAGCUUGAGAAACUGCAAAAGCUUAUACAGAGUUAGGCUUGAAGGAAAUCACUUAACAGGAAAUCUGUUAGAAGCUUUUGGUGUAUAUCCAAAUUUGAAUUUUAUUGCAUUAAGCAAUAACAAGUUUUAUGGUGAACUUUCUCCAAAGUGGGGUCAAUGCCAUAAUCUAACAAGCCUACAAAUCUCCAAUAACAACAUUUCUGGAAAGAUACCACCUGAGUUGGAACAUGCAAAUCAAUUACAGGAACUCGAUCUCUCUUCAAAUCAUCUAAUUGGUGAGAUUCCCAAGGAAUUGGGAUCAUUAUCAUUGAUGUUCCGUCUUUUGCUAAGUGGUAACCAACUUUCAGGCAAAAUUCCAUCGGAGAUUGGAGUUCUUUCAAAUCUAGCACAUCUUAACUUGGCAUCAAAUAAUUUAAGUGGACCAAUUCCUAAUCAACUUGGAGAGUGCUUGAAGUUAUUGAUCUUGAAUUUGAGCAGGAAUAAACUUGGAGAAAUCAUUCCUUUUUCAUUAAGCUACAUAUAUGGUCUGCAAAGUCUAGAUUUGAGUCAGAAUUUACUUGUUGGAGCAAUACCACAACAGCUUGGAAAAUUACAAACCUUGGAAAUAUUGGACCUUUCUCACAAUAUGCUCAAUGGUUCCAUCCCGAUUGCUUUCAAUGGUUUGCUGAGCUUGACGAUUGUGAAUCUAUCCUACAAUAAACUAGAAGGCUCUAUUCCCAACCUUAAGGCAUUUCAUGAGGCUUCAUUUGAUGCCUUAAGAAACAAUAAGGGCCUCUGUGGUAAUGCCACUGGGUUAAUGCCAUGUGCGCCUAUCACUAGCAACAAAAUCAGUCAUAAAAAAAGCAGCAGAGUCAUCAUUUUAGUUGUGCUUCCACUCUUAGGUAUUCUGCUUCUGAUAUUUACCUUGGCUGGAGGUUUCCUUAUUCUUCGUCGAAAGAUUCGAACUAGAAAAUCUGAGUCAAGGGAGGCACAACUUGGAGAUAUUUUCACAGUAUUGGGAUAUGAUGGAAGAAUACUCUAUGAGAACAUUCUUGAAGCCACAGAAGAUUUCAGCUCUAACCAUUGCAUUGGUUCAGGAGGAUAUGGAAAUGUUUAUAAAGCUGUGCUACCAACUGGUCAGGUGGUUGCCGUCAAGAAACUUCAUCAACAUGAAGAUAGCAUGCUCAUCAACAACUUGAAAGCCUUUGAAAGUGAGAUUCGUGCUUUAACAGAAACAAGGCAUCGUAACAUUGUGAAGCUACAUGGUUUUUGUUCACAUUCAAAGCACUCAUUUCUGGUUUAUGAGUUUGUGGAAAGAGGAAGUUUGAGAAUGAUCUUAAGCAACAAUCAAGAGGCAGAAGUGUUGGAUUGGAAUAAAAGGCUCAAUGUUGUCAAAGGAUUGGCCAACGCUUUGUCUUAUAUGCAUCACGACCAUUCACCACCUAUAAUUCAUCGAGACAUUUCCAGCAACAAUGUUCUCUUGGAUUUGGAGUAUGAGGCUCAUGUCUCAGAUUUUGGCACAGCUAGGCUUUUAAAGCCAGACUCCUCCAACUGGACCUCAUUUGCAGGCACCAUCGGGUACACAGCUCCAGAGUUGGCUUAUACGAUGAAAGUAGAUGAGAAAUGCGAUGUCUACAGUUUUGGGAUGCUAACAAUGGAAAUUCUUAUGGGGAGGCAUCCUGGUGAUCUAAUUUCAUGUUUGUCCUCAUCACCGUUGGCACCAGAAGCAAACGACCAACAGAUUUUACUGAAAGACGUGAUAGACCAACGUCUCUCACCACCAGUCAAACAAGUUGCAGAGGAUGUUGUCUUCGCUACAAAACUAGCAUUUGCAUGCGUGAAUGGCAACCCCAAAUUUCGGCCAACCAUGGGACAGGUUGCUCAAGCCUUUACCUGUCCAUCGCCUCAAUUGCCCAAGCCUUUCUCAACAACAAAGUUGGGAGAAUUGUUUGGUGACUAAUAAUUUGGAUGUUGAGGAUAUAUAGUAACAUUCGGUACUUGUAUUUGCUUAUCAAUUCACCUUUUCUUCCAGCAUAAACUAUUUCUCUUCAAUUUGUACUAAAAUAUUUAAGCACUCUAAUAAUAGUUUGAUAGUAAGUUGUUACCAAGUUCA